CAGCCGAGGAGAGCGCGAGUCGGAGCGAGCCCGUGUGCGCGCCCGCGCGCGCGCCCCGCACUGCGCAGGGGGAGGGGAGGCCGCGGCAGCCACUCAGAGGAACGGUAGUGAAGCCUCCGAACAACUUUAACUGUCAAUCAGACUUAAUGGGGUAUUAAAAAAAAAAAUGGGGAGGGGGGAGGAAAGGGCAGCCCUCUCGCUCCGUGCGGCUGCUGCCCCAGGAGCGAAUGAGUAAGGCGGCGCUGACGAGGGCGUCCGAUCCACACGCGCUCCGCACCCGGGCCCUCUCCAAGUUGGAAAGGACAAAAAGAAGGCAAUAAAUGCUAACAAGGGAGAGAAAGGGAGCCGGAUCGAGCGGCAACUCCCGGCCUCUGCUGGGAGAGGGAGGGCGAGAGCCGGAGAGAGCGAGCGCGCGCGAGGGCGAGCCAUGCACGUAAAGAAACUGACACCCGGACCCCCCACUUCUCCUGCACGUUGCUGGCAAUCAGAUCGCGUUUAAGCAAUUUCCUGAGCCCAAGAAUAGCAAUGAGUCGGGAGACUUUCGCGGGCUGAAAUUGGGAGCUCCAAGCACUCUCCCCCCACCACUUUUUUUUUUUUCCUGGAGAAGGGGUGGGGGGGCGCUACAAUUUGGAAACGGCAUUUUUUUUUUUUUUUUUAAAUCUUGCACUUUGAAUCCGCGGGACUGUAGCAGGGUGCGCGCGUGUGGUUGGUGCCUUUUUUCCCCCCCUGCCUAAACUCCUCUGUCAGCCUGUAAACAUUACCUGAGAAUUCCCCAGCCGAAACGACUGCUGGGGCAAGAAACUUCUUGUUAGAACUUUCCACCUCCGGCUUCCCCUCCAGCCCUCUUACUGUCCCAACCUUCUCAGACGCUUUUUCUCCUCCCGAGGAGGAUUUAUCUUUUUUUUUUUUCCUCACCCGGUGUUUUGCAUUUGGGAAGAGGUGAUUUCAAGAGUGGCCAGGUGGGACGCCUCCCCCCUUAAUUCGGUUUAUUUAUUAUUGUUUGGGGUGUUUUCUUUUUUAAUUCCUGUUUUGCUCGGUCCGGGGAGUUUCGCCCCCCUGCCCGGCUCCGCGGCGCGGAGGAUGGUGUGGAAACGGCUGGGCGCGUUGGUGGUGUUCCCUCUGCAGAUGAUCUAUCUGGUGGCCAAAGCAGCCGUCGGACUGGUGCUGCCCGCCAAGCUGCGGGACCUGUCGCGGGAGAACGUCCUCAUCACGGGAGGCGGGAGAGGCAUCGGGCGCCAGCUCGCUCGCGAGUUCGCAGAACGCGGCGCCAGAAAGAUCGUCCUCUGGGGCCGGACUGAGAAAUGCCUGAAGGAGACGACGGAGGAGAUUCGGCAGAUGGGCACCGAGUGCCACUACUUCAUCUGUGAUGUGGGCAACCGGGAGGAGGUGUACCAGACGGCCAAAGCUGUCCGGGAGAAGGUGGGCGAUAUCACCAUCCUGGUGAACAAUGCUGCCGUGGUCCACGGGAAGAGCCUCAUGGACAGUGACGAUGACGCCCUUCUCAAGUCACAGCACAUCAACACCCUGGGCCAGUUCUGGACCACCAAGGCCUUCUUGCCGCGGAUGCUGGAGCUGCAGAACGGCCACAUUGUGUGUCUCAACUCCGUGCUGGCACUCUCCGCCAUCCCCGGCGCCAUCGACUACUGCACGUCCAAAGCCUCGGCCUUCGCCUUCAUGGAAAGCCUCACCCUGGGGCUGCUGGACUGUCCUGGAGUCAGCGCCACCACUGUGCUGCCCUUCCACACCAGCACCGAGAUGUUCCAGGGCAUGAGGGUCAGGUUCCCCAACCUCUUCCCGCCGCUGAAGCCCGAGAUGGUGGCCCGGAGGACGGUGGAAGCCGUGCAGCUCAAUCAGGCGCUGCUCCUCCUCCCGUGGACCAUGCAUGCCCUCAUUAUCCUGAAAAGCAUACUCCCACAGGCUGCACUGGAGGAGAUCUACAAAUUCUCAGGAACCUACACCUGCAUGAACACUUUCAAAGGGCGGACAUAAAGGCCAGAUGCAGAGACACGCUCGCAAGCCACGGAACCUGAGGGGGCCACGGUGCUGGGCACACACCCACACGCCUGUCCCUUGGCACACUUCUGCUGGGUGAGCAGGACUGCUCCUGGCCCCAGGAAGAAUCCAGGUGCCCCCCCCCCCAGGCCGGGCCCAGGACCUUUGCACAGGACUGACGGGUGUAACUCUGACCCCCAUGGGGAGGCGAGAAACCAGCCAGCAGCCACCUUGACACUUUGAUACAUUUCUAAUUCUGUAGAGUUUAUUGUUAAAUUGCUUCUCGAGUCUAACCAGCCUUAGCAGUGUGCCUAGACUGUUGCCAGAGGGUCUAUACCCAGAUGCUCUCUUCUUUCCGAAAUCCACCCAUCCACAGCUUGUGCAAACUGGUUGAAUGGCAGGAAUGAAAAAUAAAGAGAUGGUUUUCGCGA